AACAAUGCGCUGGGAGCCAAAGGAGACUCAGGCUCUCAGGAGCUCGAUCAACUCUUCAUCCAGUUUCGUUGGGACGAGGAGAGGGAACCGGGGCUUGGAGGAAAGGAAGGGAGCAGCCCCAGAUGCCUGAGCCUGGAAGCAGCCGUUGACAGGAUGUUUAGUAUGCACCCUCCCAAUGCUUCUCAAGCACCUGCCAUUCAUCUAGUGAACAGUUCCUCCUUGGGUCUUACAGAACUGGUGAAGACUCCAAGUGCUCCUUCUCCUGCUGCCCCCAUCUUCUCAAUGACUUUGGGGGCAAUCUCUAAUAUCGUGGCCUUGGUAAUCCUAGUGCAGUCCUACACCCGCUUCCGGCGUCGUUCCAAGGCCACAUUCCUGCUUUUUGCCAGCAGCUUGGUUAUCACAGACCUAGCAGGCCAUAUCAUCCCAGGCUCCUUCGUGUUGCAACUGUAUGCCACACAGCGUGGUUGGAGAGCCAUGGAUCCCUCUAGAGCUCUCUGCCAGUUCUUUGGGGCUUCCAUGGUAUUCUUUGGACUAUGCCCUCUCUUUCUGGGCUUCAUGAUGGCCGUGGAGCGCUGCAUUGGCAUCACUCGUCCUCUGCUUCAUGCUGCAGUGGUCACGCCAGGCCGAACGAAGCUUUCCUUGGUAGGACUGUGGACCGUUGCUCUUGCCAUUGCCCUCUUGCCUCUAUGCACGUUUGGGAAAUACGAUAUACAGGCCCAAAACACUUGGUGUUUUAUCAAGGUGCAAGGGGCAGAAGAAUGGUCCGAGGUUGCUUUUGCCUUGCUCUUCUCCCUUUUGGGAUUGGCCUCUCUGGUGGCCUCUCUCAUCUGCAACACAUUCAGCGGAGUCAUUCUGGUGCGAGCUCGUCUUCGUGGUCAGCGCAAAUGCGGUCGGCGGAAAACCAAAGCACAUGACAUUGAAAUGGUUGUGCAGCUUGCAGGCAUCAUGGUGGUCUCCUGUAUUUGUUGGAGUCCAUUAUUGGUCAUUGUCAUCUUAUCAGCAAUCAACUCUCAUAAAGCUUUGAAUUAUGAAAAACUGCUGUUCCUUGGGGUGCGCCUGGCCUCCUGGAACCAGAUCCUGGACCCAUGGGUAUACAUAUUGCUGCGACGUGCAGUGAUGCGCAAACUCCUGGCUCUACUCCUAAGGCGCCCUGACCUCAAAACAACACACUUUGACCGCUGGGAGGCCAGCUCUUUCCAGAGCUCUGAGCGCAGCGUUGCUGCUGGUCGCAUCUAAUAUUGGGUGGAGCAAACAAGAGUUGAUCGACUUGAAAGCACUUUGAACUUUCCUGGAAUUCAGAAUCAGCAAUCUUGGCUGCUGCUGCUGCUGGUGGUAUAGGGAAGACCACAGAUAAACUGGCAGUUUGCUUGGCAGCAAAUAAGAAGUUCAGUAUUUUGAAGCAGCCUCUUGCCUGUUUCUGACUUUCUUAUGAGAGGGAGAAAGGGAGAGAUGCACGAUCUUCUUGGAAAAUAUAAUGACAGUUCUUUGGGGAUAGUUCAAGGGCAUCCACAGAAAGGGUGAGGGAGUAUAAAUAUAUCACAAUGUGAAUGAAAAGUCAUGAUGCUCAUGAAUUCAUUUUGAUAUCAUAAUGGUUUCUAUUGGACACCUAUGGAGACCUUUGCUCAGUGGUAAAGAAUACAUUAUACAUUCCUGAUACUUCCUGUAAAGCGGAACUAAGAACUCUUGUCUGGUCUCAGAUAGUAAUCUGUAUCAGAAGAUAGUUCUUGACCAGGUAAAUGAAAGCAGGCCAGUAUGUUUUGAGAGGAAAACGAUUUAGUGCAUUUUUAAAGCCAUACGCCUUUCCUGAUACAGGCUGCAUUGUGCACGGUGAACAGCCUGGGAAAUUAUUCUUGCUAUAUUCCAAAGCUGAAUCACGCUACCUGUGACUUUCUUGCAUAGUGCAAGAGCAACUUCUCAAGAAUAUGAAUCUUGCUCUUGUGCAUCCUGAGGCGAGAAGACAUCCCAGGUAGCCUCCUUCCUUGGAUACUCAGUUCAGGUAGAUCAUCAUCCUGUUGCACUUCCCUAGCCACAGAGUAGCCAUUUGAGUCCAACCCUGUCAGGGCAGGCUAUUUAACCUGCUGCCAGAAAUGACCUGGAUACUUGGAACCUAUGAUGCAGAUUUUCCACAAUGUUGAGGCAGCUGCAUUACAGCAGUGUGUAAAAGAAUGUAAUGGGUCUAAAAUUUGCUGUGCUUCUGCACAAGGAAACUGAUGCAAAGUAUCGCUUCGUCUCACCAUCACAUGUAGAUCGCACAGCAGUUGCAGUGGAGAAAACAAAGGCAUGCGCUUUACGGUUCAGGGCGGCCUUUAAUUUAAACACAAACCUAGACAUUCUAGAGAACCCUUUCAUGGGCAUCGUAGAUUGAUUUAUAAUUUUUAAAAAAGGCUGAAAAUGUGAUCUCUUGGGGCCUCCCAAACUCAAUAAUUUUAAGGAAGCGCCUUUCAGAAGAGUUAAGUAGACCUACAGCAUGAUUUACUCAUAGAAGAGAUCUGCAGAAGUUCCUUCCUAGAAUGGAUUUCAACAAAUUGUUGCCGAUGAUCCUGCAAGAUAACAUCCCUGGGGAAUUGGUGACACUGACUCACAGACUGCGAGGGGAUUCCUCCGUCUGCUGCUCUACUCCAAGCUCUGGGAGGCUGUGGAGAACAGAGCAUGGACAAUGGAAAAACCCUGAAAUGAUUGAUCUGUAGGGGCUGGCUGUGACAUAGCCGUACCCUGUGAGAACCCUUAAUCAGCACCAGGCACACGCCACCAUGAAGCACUUCAGUGGGGCAUUCUGGCCUUUCAUGCUUUAUGUUCUUCCAUGCCCUUGACUUGCUUUGCACUUGCUUCGCACAGCAGCCUGUGCUAGCCCAGCUAAUCUAGUCAGUCUCGGGGGUCUCAUUUUAUUGUUCCAUGUGUUUUGUUUUCAUUCAGUGGCUGCUUAUUGUCAUCAGGCAGCUGGAACAUGUAAAAUCAAGCUUCCAGAAUCCUGGCUGGGAAACAAAUGGGAUCAAACAGCAGAAGGAAAAUUAUCACCGUUAUGGGAAUUAGUUGAAAAAAGAGGUGAAGGUGGAGAUCUGUUGCUCCAGGUUCAAGUUUUCUGCCCCACUCUACACACCGGUAUUGUCCCACCAACCCUUAUUGUUCAGUAUGGUUGUAAACACACAGUUUUGCUAUGUUCCUGUACUAUCAAGUGGGCUGAGCUCACGACGUGACACAGCUGCAGCUGAAAUGGGUCUCUGCUGUCCAUUGGCCUUUUAAUAAAUUAUUUAUUUCUGGGCAACAUUGUAAAAAGACCAUGUUUGGCUGAAAUUCCAUCACUACAUAAAUACUUUGGUUAAUCCAUGCACUAUUUUUGCUUUUCUGUUAUAUUGGCUGCCAAUUGAAUUUUUUAAAAAAAUCCUUGAAACUAUGAGUUGAUUGUUUAACUACUGACAACUGGUGACAGCAAAAAUGAGAGAUUCUGUACUACUUGUCUGCCAUUUAGUGGUUGUCUGAAUCUCUGCAGCUGCUAAAUAGGUGCCAGAGGUUGAGAAAGUGGAAUUGCUGUAAGAAUCAGUAUGGUAGUUGUAAACUAAAAGCUACACAAGGAGCUGAGGCAGGAGAUUCCCUGCCUCACACAAGAUACACAGUGUCGCGAUACAGUGCCCAUAUGCAGUAUCUGAGACAAGAGGAAAAUAUCCAGAGUAGAGUAAGAAUUCCCAGUUGCAGUAGACAGUGAGAUACAGGCAACAAUGUGCAGGCAUAUUCUUUGGAAACAGCCAGAGGGCUGGCAGUCUUUAUACCCAGGGAAGGAUGUUGUAUAGAUAUGCCCAUAUCUCUCUCCCCUGAGCAUGUUUUGCUUUCUGCAGCCUUCACAGAAUUCCUCCUAGUGCAAGAUGCAUGCGCUUUCAGUUUAUAGGACAUUCAGAAGUCUUUGUCACCUAAUAACACAGACCAGAGUUUGUUGAAAUCCACCUUAUUUACUAGUCCAAAGGCUUUGCUGUGGGCUAAGAGGGGUCAAAGGGAAACAGUUUGGACUGGCUUGCAAGCAGGGUUGGAAAACUGCCCAUCCUCCAUUCCCUUGAGUUCUAAACUGGAAGGCAAUACAAGAGCAGGCACUGGUGUGAAGCGUUCUGAUGCAUUUGUGGGCAGAGGCCUGGUAUAUGGGAAGCCUUAAUCCUGCAUCUGAGCUUCAAUGGGCAGCUUCCUGACAGUUAUGGAAAGCAAAAUGCUAGAACAGAUGGACCAGUCUGAUGGAGAAUGGUUAAAUUCUCAUGACAGCUGCUUAAGCUUUGUCUUCCCCUUCUGACUAUCACAGGUACUGCUUUAAUCUU